AUGACUUUAAUUGGUUCUCAUCACAUUUGUUACUAUUUCAUUUUUACGGUACUUUUCCGGCAACUCCACACAAUUCUCGAAUCUAAAGAUGUAGAAAAUUACGUCGAACCCAAGCAAGAGCAAGUGGUGAUGAGAGCUGUGUUUAUUGACUGUGAACUAAAUGACAGUGAGGGUACCUAUUCCGAUAGUGAGGCGACCCGCUUCCAAAGAGAGGAAUUGUACAAACACAGUGUUCUUCAAGGCUGUCGUAAGAAGCUGGCGCUUACAUUAAAACUUUCUAGCGUUCCUGAGAACAAUUCCGGUGAUGAAUACAUUCCAAUCGAGCAUGUCUUCGAUGGAUCAAAUAAGAAAAGAAUUCGUCUUCUCAAUCCCUACAUUCUUCGAAUAAGGCGAGAAUCACCACUUCAAUCUUACAAGUUACGUUUGAUCGAUACUGUAACCGGAAUCAUAGCGCAGCCAAACAGUGGAAAAUCAAGAAAAGCUAAAAAGGUGCGACUUCAACGUAAAUUAAAUAGUAUGGAUGAUAAUGAACUUCAUGAUAAUGCAGAUGCUAAACCGAAAGAGAAAUGCGACACAGGUAUUCUCCAUUCGAAUGCUAGCAGUUUUUUAGAUGAUAUCCCGUCGAAUUCCGACAACCAGCAAUACGAUGAUGAUCCACAACAACAGUUAAGACACACUGAACACUCUAAUAAAAUAUCUGAAAAUGCAAGAGUUAAAAGAAGUGUAUGUGCAGCUUACAGCGCUAUAUGGAAUCGCGAGAAAAGAAAUGAACAUAAUAUAAUUGUUGAAAACACUGUUGAUGACGAUAAUGUCCCAUGGUUAGCAAAAGGACAAUUUUAUCAAAAUCUUAAUCACGCUCCGGCUGUCAGUCAUAUAGUUAAAGAAAAACCAAAUCUUAAUUAUGAUUCUAAAUAUGAGAAAAUACAUCCGCGAUCAUCUGAAAAUAAAAACCCAUUCGCCACUUCUUCUAAAGGUAGAGAAGCAUUUGAAAAACAAAAAGUUGCCAAUGUUAAUCUGAAAAAUUCUAAAAAACUUAACAGUCCGUCAUCAUACAUCGGAACUGAGCACAUAACUCGUCGAAAUACAGUUAACAAGAAUAAUGAUGAAAUGCCUAUUUCUAAUAAUUAUAAUAUGGGAGAAACAACUUACUCUCUUUAUGCAAUAGGAAAACCAGAAUUAUGGUAUACAGUUCAAGUGCAACUUUUUGAAAAGAUGAGUACUCCUGAGGGGAAGGCUGUUUGGAACGAUAUAACGAAUGGUGAAAUUGCAAGUGUUAGUUCUGUGGAACCAGAAUGGAAGGGUCCUAAUAUAAAUAUUAAAUAUGGAUCCACUGAAUGGAUACCAAGGGAAGAGUUCAGUUUACCUACAGACUCUAGUUUGUGUUUAUUAGUGUCAAUGAAAGGAGAAAAUACAAAAAGCUCAGAUGAAGAUAAUGGUUCAAUAAGAAAGUAUAUUGUGGUCCCAAUGGAUGAUAUUGUCAACAUUGAAGAUGAAAGCUCAAUGAGAAAACGCGAUGGAAACUACACCGAACAUAUGACGGAAUCUGUAAAGGGAGAGCAGUCUCAUAGAAGAGUUUUAGUUCGCGUUUCCAGAGCGUUACUGGUUGGGAGUGAAGAUGAUAUUACUAUUUCCUCAUAUCGCUCCAAUAACUUUCUUAUAAUGCCUUACCGACGCGGCCAUCACGCUCAGAUUGACCUAGAAGCUCGCGCUGACUACAACGAACUGUUAAGAGUCGGGUCAUCUGGCAGUUUAAUAACCGUUGUAUCUGAUAAUACACGACGUACGCGCUCAACAAUAUCGGUUCAAGUUACAAACAGAGGAUUAGUCGCUGCUCGGUUUAAGGUUAAAACUCGCGAUUGUCGACCAGAACUCGCAGAUUUAUUUGAGAAAUCGGGUGAGCAAUUAACAACGGAUCCAAUACUAAUUGCUCCCAGGCACACCUAUCGUUAUGUUUUGGAGCUGCCUAUAGAGAUACCUUUGGAUCAUGUUCACUGUUCUCUGGCAUUAGUCAAUGAUGAAGACGAAUCCGUAGCGGUCAGAGAAGUUGCGAUAAAAAAAGGUGAUCGAUGUUUUUGUGUAUGGCAUUGCGACUGCGUCUGUUUGAAUGAAGAACCGAAGCUGCUGUGUCACGAGAUGGCGGAGUCCCGGCAGGUGGCAGCUGGACUGUCGCCACAAGGACGCCCCCGUCACGCCCGUUUUGCUUGCUAUCCCGACAUUCUUUGCGUCAACUUGUCAGUUGUCGUCGUAGGAGUUCUUAUGGCACUGAUGAUGCUAGGAAUAAUAAAAGCCUUUUUAGGCUUGUUCUGCCCCCGAGUAGCUAAUUGGGGCUUGCAAAGGCUGAUCCAAGUCCCAAGAAAAUUAGAAAAAUAUCACGAAUGUAAUUUGAGUGAUAGGCCGGUGAUAUACGACAAAGAAGGCUGGCCAGUCCACCCCGAUACUAUGAAACGGAACGUUCGGUUGCUGAGCAAGGAAAUGGAAUUCAUUUUGAACAUAAUAUUUUUUGUCGUCGUACCCAGUUUGAUGUUGUGGGAUGCCAUAAAAUGGGUAAUUUAUGGCAACGCUAGCAAAGAAGUGAGACCAUCGGGGGAUGAAGCCAAGAAAUGUUUCAGUUCUCACGAUAUGCAGAUGCGACCAUUGCUUGCUGAACGUCAGUAUAGGCCUGAUGAUAUCUCUGCAUGUGCGGAUUCAGAGCAAGAUGACACCGAAUACGUUUUGACUCAAAUGCGUAGAAGUAAAGAGUCUCUUGCAAAAAGUCAAAGAAAAAUGAUCGAUACGGAACCCGACCCGUCUACAGCAAGACAACAGAGGGGCGAGAGAAAUAGCAAUUAA